UACUGACAAGGCGUCAUGUGCGUGCUUCCGUCUACUGCUGAUUUAUUAUCGGACGCGUUCAUCAACGAGAGGUAUUGUAUUCCCGUAUUGGUGAUCCUAUCUCCCCACACUCUUACGGCUGCUGUGGCAGUCAGUGUAUUACCCGUGGUACUUCAACUGAGGCCGUUCGUGGAACGGCGAAGGCAGGAAGAACGUGAUCGUGGACAGGAACAUCAGCAUGACUGACCCACAAGAACAAAAGGCCGCCCAGCAGAGCCCACGUGGCCCAACCACAGUGAUAGAGGACAAUGUGGUGCGAUCUGCAGCUCCGCAACCUCCGGUUCCCGACUGUGACUUCCCCACGUGCUUGCGGAAUGCAUGGAAAGAAUUCGCCGACCGGACAGCACUGAUCGACAAUAGCACGGUCGAGCGGUGCACUUAUGGAGAGCUGGAAGAAAUGUGCUCCCGCAUUGCCACCGGCCUGCGCAGCCUGGGAUUCGGACCAGGAGACAUGGCGGGCUUCCACUGCGUCACCAGCAUGGAUGCCAUCGUCGCUUUUUACGGCGUUGUGCUUGCCGGAGGCCGCGCCGUGAUGGCAAAGCCCAACCUUUCGGAGCGCGAGCUCUGCUACCAGUUCGAGGACUCCUGCCCCAGCCUCGUGUUUUGUGACGGGAACAAUGUGGAAAAAGUUGUUGCUACUCAAAAGAAGGUCCCAUCCAUCAAGACGCUGGUGGUGUUCGGCGAACACGCAGCAGCUCAUUCGUUCGAGUCCUUGCGGAAGACACCGCUGUCGGAGUGCCAGGCAGCGCCGGCGGCUGCUGACCCCAGCAGCGUGCUGUUCGUCCUGUACUCGAGUGGCACCACAGGCCAACCCAAGGGCGUCAUGAUAUCGCACAGGAACGUGGUCGCCCAAUUCAUAUCGGCGGGGGCAGGACCAAAAAGCGCUCGUCAAUAUAUCAACAUUGGCACGGCUCCUUUCACCCACGCAUCAGGUGUCCUCAUGUUGAACAGCAUCUUGGCUCGAGGAGACACUAUGGUCGUCUUGGCGUACCCGGAUCCAAAUGUGCUCAUCCCUGCCAUCGCCAAGCAUAAGGUUUCUUUCCUCCUUCAGUUUCCAACGUACUUGAGAAUGAUGCUGAAAAGCCCACUUCUGGAGGAGUACGACUUGAGCAGCCUGAUGAUGAUCAGUUUGACCGGAAGCACAGCGCCACCAGAUUUAGUAGCUGAGACCCGCGCUAAGCUGAAGGUCUACGCGGUUGGACAAGGCAAGUGCUUUUCGGCAGUCCAGAGAUAUACAGUGCGCCAUGGGGACGUGUCGAGACUUGCUCCAGACUUCAUCGGUGCAGAAGAACACAAGAGCAGCAGCCCAUGCUCAUCCAAGGGCACACACAAGCACCACGUCGUAAUUCCUGGAUCGUCGAAUCUAGGCGGCCGUGGAUACGGGCUAACGGAGAGCUUCGGCGCUGGAACCUUCUCUUUUGGAGUUAGCGUCAGUAGCGACUGCGUCGGGGCGCCUAACUUCAUGUCUAGCCUCAAGCAGGUUGUCGACGUGAACACAGGAAAAAAACUGGGACCUGGUCAGCGCGGAGAAAUACGAAUCAAGAGCCCAUGCUGCGCUAUGGGUUAUCUGAACAACAGCCAAGCCACCGCCGAGCUGUACGAUGAGGAGGGGUUCUUGAAAACCGGUGACAUAGGCUACUACAGCGACCAAGGCCUGUUCUACAUCACGGACCGAAUGAAGGACCUCAUCAAGUGCAUGGAACAGCAGGUGCCUCCUGCCGAGCUCGAAGCUCUACUGCUGCAGCACGGAGCUGUUCACGACGUUGCCGUGGUCGGAGUUCCGCACAACGAAUACGGCGAGGCAGCGAGGGCGUUCAUCGUGAUAAAAGAAGGCCACGAUCCAAGUGACACGCUCAAGGAUGAGCUAUGGAACAUUGUCGCUGAUCACGCCAGCUACCAGAAGCACCUACACGGUGGAAUCGAGUUUGUGAGCAGCAUUCCCAAGUCCUUCACGGGCAAACCCCUACGUGCCGUUUUGCGGAGCGACUACUACACGAAGAGCAUGCAGCCGUCACACUAAGAAAAUAUACCUCACCUCACAUUCUUUCAGAGCCCAGUGUAGUAGGAUCAUAUGGACCUUCUCGACCAAGCCCUGUGCGCCGCCAUGCGACUAUAGUGGAGCUCUGGACUGGGGGAACGUCGCACUGGACCCGGAUGUCAUAAUCAAUAAACGUUUUAUUGUACUACUAAA